CAGGAUUGAAAAUUAGGGUUUGCAACAAGGGCGCUGGUGGGCAAAGCGGGGGCAAAGCUUCAAAAGGAGGUGAAAAAGAAUCCAGUCUCCAGAAGUUACUGCUCGCAGCUCGUUAUUAGAUUGUUGCUUUAGCCAAUCCGCGCAGCGGCCUUUCUGAAAGCUGCAAGCUUAGGCUGAGGCUGGAUUUUCAUUGCAACCAUGGAGGUUUUCCACGACAAGUCUGCAAUGAGGUGCUGGUCGCGCGAGCAGAGGAGGAAUGGUUCCACAAUUGCGCUGGUCCCGACCAUGGGUUUUCUACAUGAAGGCCACCUGUCUUUGGUCCGUGCGGCAAUGGAGAGAGCUGAUAGAGUGGUGGUAUCUAUCUACGUGAACCCAGGGCAAUUCGCACAGGGGGAGGAUUUGUCCAGCUAUCCCAGGGACUUGGAAGGGGACCUCGCAAAGUUGAGGCCCCUGGGCGUCGCAGCAGUGUUCAAUCCAGAGGACUUGUACGUGCGCGCCUCAUCUCCCAGCAGAGAAACUGGGGCCGUAUCUGCUUCCAGGCAGGGUGAUACUGAUGAGAACCCUGCACAUAGGAAUGGUGGAGCAACAAGCAGUGGCGCCGGCGGGGCGCGAGACAUGGUGGGGGGAGGAGGGGACGGGCAUGAAACGUGGAUUCAGGUGGAACGGUUGCAACGGCCACUGGAAGGGCGCGAUCGACCAAUCUUCUUCCGCGGAGUCGCGACCAUCGUCGCAAAGCUGUUCAACAUCGUUGAGCCCGACUAUGCCUUUUUCGGCCGGAAAGACUAUCAGCAGUGGCGGAUCUUGGAGAGGAUGGCUCGAGACCUUGAUUUCGGGGUCGAGGUGGUUGGCCUGCCGUUACUACGAGAGCCCGACGGGCUGGCGAUGAGCAGUAGAAACGUGCGGUUGUCACCCGAGGAGAGACAGAAGGCUCUCUCAAUAAGCCGAGGGCUCUUUGCCGCCGCCGAACGGGUGAGCGCGGGCGAGACAUCAGCCGCUUCGCUGACUACUGACGUCAGGAUCGCGAUCGAGAGCGCCGGGGGGAAGGUCGACUACGUCGAGCUCGUCAACGGCUCCUCUUUGCUGGCAGAAGAAAGUGUGUCGAGCAGCUCCGUUCUGGUGGUGGCAGCAAGAUUCGGGAGCGUUCGGUUGAUAGAUAACGUUGAAUUCAGAAGCAACAAGUAGGUUCCCCGUAGGUAGCUUAUAGUCUGUCCUUACUUUCUGAUACGUGAGGCCUUAUUUAUAGAUUCGAUCUGCGACCAGCCCAUCGUGGUCCGGGGUCGAUAGCACGUCUGCCACCGCUCUGGAAGGUACACCUGAUGCAUUGCUCGAAUGUAAAAGGGUCACAGUCCACUUUGAGAUUUAUUUUGGGCUUGCGCAACGGCGC